AUGAAAAUUGAUGCGCUUUCGUUACUUGCCCGGGUCAUAAAGUGUCAUGAUCAUAGCGUGUUCGCUCCUCACCUUGAAAGCAUUGUCCAGUUGACAGUGGGCGCUAUUCAGGACAGUUUCUACAAGGUAUCCGCUGAGGGACUCAGUGUAGCAUCACAUCUCGUACCAGUUAUUCGUGAUUGUGGCUGUGGUAAUCUAGUGCCGACUCUUUACAAAGCUAUUUUUGAUAAAUUGAAUAUUAACGAUAUUGAUCAGGAGGUAAAGGAGCGCGCCAUCUAUGCGGCUGGACUGUUCAUUUCUACUUUUGCUGACGAUAUGCCUGCAAUGGUCCCGACUACACUGGAGCUUAUGGUGGAACGUCUUCGUAACGAAAUGACCCGACUGUAUGCUGUCCGAGC